UAAUUGGAAUACUUGUUUAAAAUUUUCCGCGUCUUUUAGUUACAUUGGCGGAUUUGUGCAGUGAUUUUUAUCUGGAUCAGUUAAAAAGUUUUUCUUGAUCGUUUGUGUGGGUGAUUCACUGAGUGAAUAGUGAAUGUGACUGGCGAUGACAAUUUAAAGAGAACCGCUCGCCUAAUGAAGAUAAGUGGUACAGAAGUGUGUUCUCUCUAAUGAUGUGAAAAAAUAUAAACUAUCGUGAUGUGGCUCGCGGCGUUGGUGUAUUUUUUCUGUCAUUUAGGUAUUUCAGCGGGCGGCGGCGGUGACACCAGCGAAGAGAUCACGACCAGCACGAUAGACUUCGCGUUGAACGCCACAUCUACCACCGAGAGCGUCGCCCAGCCCUACUUCGACAAUGCAACCAAACGAGAUUAUACUGCGGCAGUUGGACAGCCCGCGUACCUACAUUGCCGUGUGAAGAACCUUGGUGAUCGAGCGGUAUCAUGGAUACGUAAACGUGACCUUCAUAUCCUCACAGUGGGUGUUCAUACGUACAGCAGUGACGCUCGCUUCGCAGCACUGCACACAGACAAUUCUGACGAAUGGACCUUGAGAGUUGCACCAGCACAACCACGAGACUCUGGCUCCUAUGAGUGUCAAGUCUCUACUGAGCCCAAAAUCAGUCUCUCAUUUAGACUAACUGUUGUUGUAUCAAAAGCAGAAAUACUCUCCGGGCCAGAACUAUUUGUGAGAGCAGGUUCUGACAUCAAUCUCACUUGCAUCGCCAGACAUGCUCCAGAUCCACCGAGUUUCAUCUACUGGUAUCGAGGAUCAAACGUAGUGAACUACGCUCAGCGUGGUGGUAUCAGCGUAGAAACAGAACAGCGCACGCGAACUAGUCGCUUGCUCAUUGCACGAGCAUCACCGAGAGACUCCGGCAACUACACCUGCGCGCCGAGCAGCUCCGAUUCGGCGUCGGUUGUGGUGCAUGUGGUGAGUGGAGAGCGGCCGGCAGCCAUGCAGAGCGACUCGCAGAGACUGUCACCUAUACCACUGCUCAUCCUUCUUUCAAUCAGAAGUCAAUUGAAAUCAUUCCUCACAUCAAUCAUGCUGUACAUUUUACUUAUGUCUCAACAUACUUCGACUAAUUAUUUAAAGUAUAUCAGAUUUUUGUGGAACAAUUACUGUAUUAGAAGAUUUGUAACGAGAUGA